AUGGCCAAGGUCAACGAACAUGCGUUCGAGCUCUGGAAGCGACACGUCUGUCAACCUCGUAUGGACAGUGAACUGGUAGCCCUUCAACUACUAUGUGACACUCAUCCUGGCUACCACAUCACCCGCACCGAGCCUGGAACUUGUGACUUAAUCGGCUAUGCUGAGGCGGGCCAUGCCACCAAAACGCUGGAUCUUGUUGCGGGCUACGAUGCUACACGCAAUUACAAGUCUAGUGGCACAAGUACCUGCUCAAUUCCCGACUGUUCGUUGCCUGGCUGCUUGCUUCUCGACGUCAGUCCCGGUACACUUCAGGAUGAGAUCCGUUUUGGCUGUUGGAGAUACUCCUGGAAUGAACACGAGCUUAUGGUUUACGAAAUUGGCUAUUUCGACCUCUACAAUACCCUCGUCAAGCAGCUAUAUGUAUUGGCACCAACUGGAGACGAGGUUCAAAAUGGGUUCCAUAAGCAUACCGACGCCUUAAUCCUAGCUGCAGGAGCUUGGACCAAGGCCUUGCAUGAACAGAUCUACGUCUUCGACAAUUCGACGUGGGAAAAAUCUUCUUCCAUGUUCCGAAGUGUGCAAGGCGUCUCAUGGGAUGAUUUGAUUCAAGAGCCUGCGGUGAAAGACAGCCUGCUGAAAGACGUACUCUCCUUCUUCAAGUCUCGAGAAUCGUACGCAUCAAUGGAAGUACCCUGGAAGCGAGGCAUUAUCCUACAUGGCGUCCCAGGCAACGGUAAAACUCUCAGUAUCAAGGCUCUCAUCAACUCUCUUUCGACUCUCGACCCGCCUAUUCCCGCUCUUGUUGUGAAGUCAUUUGACAACGAGUGCAGCGGGCCAAAAUGGGCCAUGAAGGACGUGUUCUCACAAGCACGCGCCAUGGCACCUUGUGUACUCAUAUUUGAGGAUCUCGACAGUUUGGUCGAAAAUGAGACACGUAGUUACUUCCUUAAUGAGGUAGACGGUAUCGAAACCAACGACGGCAUUUUAAUGAUCGGGUCGACAAACCAUCUUGGGAAGCUGGAUGACGCCAUCACCAAGCGGCCUAGCCGUUUUGAUCGGAAGUUCCAUUUCAAGCUCCCCGAGGAGCCGGAGAGGGUUGCCUAUUGUCGACAGUGGGCUAACAGGUUUGCCGAUAAGGGGACUGUCGACUUUCCAGACGAGCUCUGCGAUGUUAUUGCGAAGCUGACCGACGGUUUCAGCUUUGCAUAUCUCAAGGAACUCUUUAUCUCCUCGCUGCUGACUCUCAGCCAUGGUCAAAUCACCCAUGGCAACAACACUGAUGUGAACAACAUUGAUGUCAACGGCGCUGAUACCCACAACGCUGAUGCCGAUAACUCGAGUGCUAACGGCAUCGCUGCCAAUGAUGCCAGCGUCGAUAACACUGAUGCCAACACCCCUGAUGCCAAGGGUACCGAUGCCGACAACGGCGCUGACGACGCUGAUACGCCAGGUGUAGAUGUCACCAAAGACGAAGAUAUGGCCACAGGAAAGAACGAUACCAGGGCGGAGAAGAGUGCGGAAGAAGACAAGAAGGGCGAGGAGACUCCAGCGAAAGCUAAAAGAGUCAUGCCAACGGUGCAGACUCCUGACCACCUGAAGAAUAAUAUGCUUCUGAGGAUAGUCAGAAAGGAGGCAAAGGUGCUUUGGGACCAGAUGGACAACUCUGUAGAAGAGGACUGA